AUGGCACCUAACAUGCAGAACGAAAUCGAAUACCUGGUCCGCCACAGAGUAGACCAGGAAAGCAAAACUGUCGAAUUUCUCGUGCAGUGGGUCGACGGCCCACGAUCUUGGGAGCCUGAGGAGGUUCUCCAAAGACUUGAUCACAAAAUUAUCUAUGACUACUGGAUAGAUCGUGGUGGCCGAGAUGAGGCGACGGGCCUGGAACAACAUCACGUCUUCAAGGUCAAAUGCAAGGGCUGGAAAAGAGGGGAAUGGUGUUAUAACUGUCAUUGGGUUGGAUACCCACCUGAUCAGGAUACCUGGGAGCCAGAAGCAAAGAUCAUGGACAUCGCUCCGGCCGCUAUACAGGAUUGGGAGGCCCGCGAAGCCGCCCGCCAAGCGAAGGUAGCAGCUCGAAAAGCGGCUGCGAGCCAACAAUAG